GGGGGCGGAGGCGGGAUUCGCCGCCAAACCGGCGCACACGCGCGCGCUCCCCGCGGAACUCCCGCAGGCCGUGCGGCGCUGUCCCAGAGGCGCGCCCGAGCCGCCGCGGCCGCAGCCAACAUGGCUGAGACUAGCGAGGAGGUGGCAGUCUUGGUGCAGCGGGUGGUAAAGGACAUCACCAACGCCUUCAGGAGGAACCCGCACAUAGAUGAAAUUGGCCUGAUCCCCUGUCCUGAAGCCAGGUAUAACCGGAGUCCCAUAGUCCUGGUUGAAAACAAACUUGGCGUGGAAAGCUGGUGUGUCAAGUUCCUUUUACCAUAUGUCCACAACAAGCUCAUUUUGUACAGAACAAGAAAGCAAUGGCUGAACAAAGAUGAGUUGACAGAUGUCACACGCACCCUGCUGCUUCUAAACCCAGACUUUACCACCGCAUGGAACGUGAGAAAAGAGCUGAUCCUUUCUGGCACUUUAAAUCCAAUUAAGGAUUUACAUCUGGGAAAACUGGCCUUAACUAAGUUUCCAAAGAGUCCAGAAACAUGGAUUCACAGACGAUGGGUGCUACAACAGCUAAUUCAGGAAACCUGCUUGCCUUCCUUUGCGACCAAAGGAAACUUGGGAUCAGUUCCUACAGAAAGGACGCAGCGACUAAUACAAGAAGAGAUGGAGGUCUGUGGGGAAGCAGCAGGGAGAUACCCAAGCAACUAUAAUGCCUGGUCUCACCGCAUCUGGGUUUUACAACAGCUGGCCAAGCUGGAUGUCAAGGUUCUUCUUGAUGAACUGUCUUCUACUAAACACUGGGCAUCCAUGCAUGUUUCAGACCACAGCGGAUUUCACUACCGACAGUUUUUGCUAAAGUCUUUGAUUAACCAAACUGUGAAAGACAGUUCUGUAUUGGAACAAAACCCUUUGAAAAGUGAGCCAGCCCUCCUUCCAAAAGACGAAGAAGCAGCAGCUUCAGCAGAGGAACCAAGGAUAAAUAUUCCCCAUCUUCUUGAAGAAGAAGUUGAAUUCAGCACUGAUCUUAUUGACUCCUACCCAGGACAUGAAACCCUUUGGUGUCAUAGGCGGCACGUUUUCUACCUUCAGCAUCACUUAAGUGGUAGGUUUCCUCACAAUGUGACCCAGUCGUCACCUGCAGACAGCCCUGGGGGCCCUUCUAGUGACUCGCACCACAUCCCAGCAGGCCCUCACUCAGCUCAGGCAAUGGAAGUGGAUGGACUGAGUGACUCCAGCAAGCAAGGCUACUCCCAGGAAACAAAGCGCCUGAAGCGGACCCCGGCUCCAGAUUCCCUGGGCCUGGAAAUGGAACACAGGUUCAUCGAUCAAGUGUUGUCCACCUGCCGGAACGUAGAGCAGGCCAGGUUUGCCAACGCGUACAGGAAAUGGCUGGAUACGCUGAGUCAGUGAAAGAGCUGGACUAUUCCUGCUCCCCUUUUAGUGCAAUAUUGUUUUCCUUUCUUAUUUACAUAGCUGCAUGAAUUGUUUGCUAUUAUUAGCUAACCAUAUAGUCUUCAUCUUUAGGUUAAAAGUCCUAAAAAAAAAUCUUUCAUUGUAUUUAUUUUGUUAAGAACUGGCAUUCCUUUGGGGAUAAAAUAAUUGUGUAGUUCCUUCCUGCUAAACAGGAAGUCUUAAUUUUUUUCCUUUUGUAACUUCUCAUCCUUUAUACUUCUCCGCUUCUGUCCUUUCAAGGGAAGCCCAUUUCUAGGCUUCCUCUCACGUGGUUCUCCUAGUUGGUUCACACACACCCCACCCACCUCAGUGCAAUUGCGGGAUAGAGUCAUUUUUUUAAAUUAGAACUUUAUGUUGCAGUUAAGCUUAAAAACAAUGCAAAUGCAAAAUUACUCAGUCUGAUUGUUUUGAGAAUCAAAUGGCCAGAUGGAUGGGUAUGUGAAAAUAUAAACCAUUUCUUUCUCUUGCAUAUUCUGUUCAAGCUACAGACCAAGAUAACCAAAGUCAGAAGUAUUGAAAUUUAUAUGAAAAUAAUGCUUCCAAUGUAACCCAUUUUUAAAAUGGUUAUUUUAAGAUAAUAAUAAUGAUUUUAAGAGUUUAUGUAAUUGCAGUACUGGAAAAUUAUUUUUAUUACUAGUUUUGAUAGAUUGUUUUUACCUCAAAUUUGGUAUAUGCCAAAAACACUCAAGUCAGCGCUUACAAAAGUCAAUUUUUUAAAGAAACCUGGAAUGCCAUUUUUAGUUAUUACUACUUAUGUUCCUUCCAUUUCAUCAUGAAAAAUGGGAGAAAUAUGCAUAGAAAUGUAUCCAUAAAAAUCUUCCUUUUUAAAAAAUUUAAGUUAUUGAGGAUACACUGGAUAAACUACAAAAUUUUUAUGAAGUGGUUAUUAAGAGUUUACUGGCAAAAUCCAGGGAGACAGAAUAGUCUUGAAGGUUAGUUCUUCAACCUUUAUUUAAAAAGUAAAACAAUUUUAAAACUUUGCUACUAAACUUAUCAGGGAUGAGAUACCAAAGUAUCCACCUAUAGCUGUAUCUUUUCAAUCAAAAGGGCUGGUGUUUUUCAGGUUGGUGCGGCAGGGGUGGGGAAAGGGCCAGGUAAUGUCUAUUUUCUAGUAUAUUUCCCCCGUCAUAAAUGGUUUGCAUUUUUUAUUUCUGCAUCUUUUUAAUUUUCCAAUAUGUUCCAUAUUUUUUGUCAUUUUCACUUUUGUCUGUUUUUUCUUAUCUGUCUUAUUUCAGGGACAUAUUCUGAAGACAUUCUCCUCCCUAUUUCUAAUGAAUUCCAUACUUCAUUAUACAUACACGCACACACAAUACAAAUGUGAAGUCCUCUAAAAGUUCCCCUCGUGAUGGAAACUCUCUUCUGCCCUGUGUCUAUAAAGUGAGUAACAGCGGCAGGAACAGGUGCAACACCAGGCUUUGCUUAUUCUCCUCUUUACUUGCUAGAUCACUAACUAGUGGGAAGAGACAGAGGUGGAGACAGGCAGACCUCUCCUGUCUCACCACUGUGGAAACCCUGGACCUGAAUGAGGCACAUUGCCAUCAGGGAAAAGAGGAAGUCCUUUCCUUCUGCAUCAUGAUUUUGUUGGGUUGCAAAAUGUUGAGCCUUAAGAACACCAGAAAAAUUGUCCAGCUUGGCCUCUGUGGACAGAAGCUGUUCUUAUCUCUUAAGGGCAAAAUUACCCUUUUGUAGCUUUUACAGUAUUUUAGUGAGAAAAUAAUUGCCAUUAUGAAUAUAAUUCCACGGCCCUUUGUAUACAAGACAUAUUUUGAUUCAGAUAAAUACCUCAAGGUCCACCUAGACCUCUGUGGGUGUAACCAUUAGUUUGUGAUCUUCAGCACCUGCUGGGUUGGGGGCAGUUGUGCAGAAAAGACACAGGGGAUUCUUCCCCUCCCACUAACACGUGUUGCCAAAUUGUGGCCUCACUCAGUAUUAACCUUUUUUCCAAGCAUCUUUUAAGUAUCCCAAGUAUUAGGGCUUCCUCUGCUUUUGAUGUUAGAGUGUUCAGGACAUGAGUAUAGACAGAACCCUGUGGAUCAUCGGCUGAACUGUACAGUGCUCCGCAUCUUUGCAUGCCUUCCACAGAGUGUCUUACUCAUCUUGUGAACUGUCUUGUCUCUUUUAAGGCUCCUAACCCAUCCCUUUCUGAAGCCAUGCAGUCCUUUAAUAUCUUGGUCUCUUGUCUUCCUAAUGAAAUUUUAAGUAGGGAGAGAAAAUAUAAACAUCCAAAGGGUACUGUUUGUAUGAGAUUUUUCUGUAAUACUUGAUUUGUAAAAUUUUUAUUUUUCAAGUGUUCAUUCACAGAAAACCUAGUAUUGCUCUAUAUGGUUGUACUUUUUUCCUAAAUGUUUUACACCCAAACUCACUAGCUAAAGCAUGGUCGUUCUGACUGAAUGAGCUCAUGGAGAGUGGAAAGGAUGUGUCUACAUUCAGGGACCUGUUAGUCUUCUGGCUUUGUAUAGAUAUGUUGUUGUUAAAAGAAAAGAUGCUUCAGGUUGCACACAUUUCAUCAAACUUCCACUGGAAGAUGGUAGGCCGUAGUACCAUCCUGUGGAUCGUGAAUACCACUGACAUGCAGAAAAGCAGUAAGACUGUCAAUAUCUUCCCCACCACCACCCCACCGCCUUUUUUUGAGUAUGACUAUUUUGGUAAUAUGGUAUUCCCAGAUUCUACUUGCACAUUUGUGAAGAUUUGUUAAGUAUUUAUUAAAUUAACAAAUGAUUGGCCGAAGAGGGGAAAGAUCAAUCAUGAGUGAUGGAUCGAGGGAGCCAUGAUGGAGAAAUUCAUGGAUUAGAGCAGUGGGUUGUGAAUGAAUGAUGUGUUCUAGCUUCAUGAUACUUCAGUGGACCUACUGCAUAUAGAAUCAGCUAAUUGUUAUAGUAUGUAACUGACUUGUUUAAGCUUGUUAAAUUCCACCUAAUAAGUACACUUCAGUAAUUAUCAAUUAACUGUAAUAUAUACAAAAAAAUUCACAGAACUAAGGAAGCCCACUGACAUUAAGAACACUACUUUCUGUUCUGAUGUUGGAGAACAGAUCUUACCAACAUAGCCAGAGCCACUUGGAGGCAUCUGAAAAACUUCUUUGAUUUUAAAGAGUUGAUCUGUACCUGUGGAUGGGUAGUUAUUUUGCACUUUUCCUUUUCCUUUUCCCCUCCCAAACUUGAACUGUGGACCUUGUAGAUAUUUCUUAAACCUGUGUUAGUCACUUGUUUUAAACUUAAGGAUUUGCUACCUAUUAGUGUCCCCUUUUUCUUUUCUAGGUUUUAGCAUUUUACUACCUUUCUGGAAACUUUGGACAGACUUUCAGUCAUAUUUCUUAUUCCCGUUAUACGGUUCUAGUUUAAAUCAAAGGCUUCAUUAUUAGCAAGACUAAAUAUAUACACAUUAUCACUAAAAGCCACUUAAAUCUUCAGAUAAGGGCUUAUGUAACAAGAUGUAGAAACAACAGUUCUUGGAUUUUUAUGUGGCAUUUUGGUGGAAAGCAUGUAUGGUGGCAACUCUUGCAUCAUUUAGAUAUAUUCAGGUCACAUCAACUCAUGCUUGUUGAGACACACGUGUGUGUAAAGAGAACUUUUAAUAUUGUUGAGAACAAAUUACCAGUCUAGUAAUUAUAGCACAAGGUGGUAUCUAACACAAGGACUAAAUAUAAUUUGGGAGUGCAACUCCCAUUUGUACAAUAAUCUAUCUCAGCUUUAGUUCCCUUGAAUUGCAGAAGAUGCUAAAGAUUCAGUUAUCAAAGGAAGUAACCAUCCUUUUUUUUUGCAUCUUUUUUUGCAUAGAGCUUUUGUAAGCUGACAGUUUUUUUGUUACUAGAAAAUUGUGUUUUAAAACGUGAACAUUCAAAGUAUGCUAGAAAAUUUGAACAGCAUUGUAACAACUGAACCUUUUGUUCUUCUGAAUAAAUUUCUCAGAACCGUUGCAAAUGCUAGCACUUCGCGAGCUGCCGCCUCCUUGUGCUCGGGUGUCCUCGGUAAUGUGCUCCUGUCUAAGGAAGUGUGUGCAGGCACAGGGAAGCUCAGGCACGUUCGGUGUGAUGAGGGCAGUGACCCAGAAAAACCAGCCCUGAGGAUUCUACUUAAUGUCACACGGUGUCUUUAAAAAUAAUAAUAAUAACAACUAUACAUACUGUGUUAAUUUGAGUGCCUUUCUUACUUUUGGGGGGAGCAAGAUUAUGUGUAAGUCUACUAUCUAGGUAGAAAACAGAGGACAGAAGUGUCAUCAAACAGUUGAUUGUGACUCAUUUAUUCCAGUCGCUACGCAUGGUUCCCAUGAAGUAUCUUAUCCUUUAAUGAGAUAGUGAUACGAGCAGGUGGGAUGUUCUGGUUUGCAUUUCAUUAGCUAUCUUUAAGCACCCUACCUAGAAGAAUAGGUUCUUUUGCAGGGUCGGAGACAUCACAUUUAAAGGAUGGCAUGUGAACAAUUAAAACAUCAGCCUGUGUUCAAAGGGAAACAGUGGCUCUCUGCCCUAAAAGAAAUGCCAAUGAAUCCUUUGCCUCACUUUAAGGACUUUCAAGAAUUCCCUCCUGAGGCCAGGCUACAUAAGAUAGUUGAAAAGGAAAAUAAAUGGGACCUUGAUCCUUUCAGACAUUGGAGGGAAAGAAGUAAAUACAUGAAAUUUUGAAUAUGGCAUUUCAUGUACUGGGGUAUGGAAGGGGGAGGGAUGGGAGUUCCAUAUUUCAACAUAGCAAGUAAUUUUUAAUUGUUAUUUAAUAAAAAUAGCUAAGGAUUCCAAAGUGCUUCUCAGACGACUAUUGAAUAAUAUAUUCCACUAAAUGUCAUGUUCACAGUUGAGACAGCAAACCAUUGUGUCACUUGUGGAUCCACAGUGGGAGAGAACCUCAGGCUCCUGGCCUUGACUUCUGCAUCCUCAGCAGGUCCUGUUAACACUGUAAAACCAAACUCUUUGCUUUAAAAACAAAGAGGGGGAAGGAGGGAGAGCAGUAGCUUAGUCUGCUCAAGAAACCUUGUGCUUCCAAGAAUAAAUAUCAUAUACAUAAACAUGUAUAUGUAUAUAAUAUUUAUUUACGUGUAUAUAAAUAGUUUGUGCUUUGGGGCAAUAAUAUGGUCUACAGAGCUAACCCCGGCAUUACUUUAAUUAGUCUUGUUAUUAUUCCUCAGGGUGUAGAAGACUUAGUCAAUUUAGGGCAAAAUUUUAUAUUCAGUGGCAAAAAAAGAAAAGGCAAAAAUAUACUAAAUAUAUUACUAGUUCUUAAAAUUUUAGUGUAGAUAGUAUUUUUUAUAAACCACUCCCGGCACAGUAGCAUGUAGAUGCUUUGCGACUGCCUCAUCGCUCACCCUGCUGCUUCUGUCCCUGCGGCUCUGCCAUGAAUGUUCUCUUCCACGCGUCUUCCAUGGACACAGUUUCUGUAUUGUCUCAUUUUUCAUACUUGGCGGAGGUGGGGGUGUUCCAGUUGACAUUCGCAGUUUUUGGAAAUCUUGUUGAGGAAACGACUACUGUUUUCAAACUGACAAUGAUUUUGCUUCUUAAAACUUCAGUCUGCCUGAGAGGGUGUUUGAUGGCCAGACCCUACGUGUCCAGUGUGUUGCAUGAGGCUUUGUACCUUGUAGGAGCUCAACAGUUCAGAAUUGUUCCAGGUUAGAAAAUGGAAACUAGAUUGUCUCUUUCUUCUUACCAUGGCCGUUAUUCUUAGUGUUAGGAGAAAUAAACUGCAAAAGUACACAAUCAGGUUCAAACAUAAAAGGCAAAGAUUGUACAUGAAAUUCAGACACUUUUAAAGCAUGUGUGUGUGUGUGUGUGUGUGUGUGUGUGCGCAUCCGUAUAUUUAUACUUUAAAUGAGAUUUGGCACUUGAAUUUAUGUCGUGGUUUUACAAAGAAUUUUCUCUGAGGAAUUUUGUUUUCAUGUUUGCUUAAAGUGCUCCUAUUUUAGAGGACUUUUUAUUAGACCAACUCCCUCAAACAAAGUUGGAACCCUAAACACAAGUGCCCGUACACCUGAAUUUAUCAGAUAUCUGUGCGAACCAUGUUAAGUCUUUGGUUGUGCACAAACCAGUGGCUUUUCUUCCACGUCGUCAGGGAAUCAGCCCUAAGUUUAUGUAUGGCAGUCACUGUCUUCAGACUACUAUGCAGCAUACUUCAGAUGUUUAUUUGUCUUUAUAAAGUUAUUGAUAAUAAACCUGAGGUUUUUAACGUCAUUUUUAAUGUCACAGGGAUGAGCAGUAUUACACGUCCAGAUGUUGACUCAUACCGCCUUGUACCAAAAGUGCUCAUGUGUUUCCCUCCCUCACAGAUGUCGUCUUGCCUUUGGAGCAGGUAUUUUUUUCAUACUGAAUACAGAAUGAGAGUAGACUGAGUGCAAUCAUAGUAGAUGCUCAAUAAUAGUCACUUAUUAACCUACCAUCCAAAUAACAGUGAGCCUUCAGAAAGGAGACUGUUACCCUUCGCCGAGUUUAUUUUUAGGGUAAUAUAGGUUGAAAAAUUAUGUCACUUGACAUGCACUUUCAGGCUUAUUUAGGUGGGAGUUAGUUACAUGUAAUAAAAUAUUAUUCAUGUAGAACAUGGUCUGAAGAUAGGAAAUGUGAAAAGUUUAGUGUCUUUUUGUGCAAGGCACAUUAGUCAAUGCAAUUAAGUGUCUGAGUAGGCUGCUGAACUCGAGAGAGAACUCCCGCAGUCUUCCGCAAUCAGAUUCUGUGUCGGGAUAUCCACUGUUACCCAGUUUAGGUUCUAUUUCUUUCUCCCUGAAUCUUGGUUGCUUUCCAAUGUCUUAAAUGUCUUUAAAAAACAUCUUUAAAAUAAAGGAAAAGUUUUUAUGAAUGAUAUAGUAGAUUCAGAAUCUAUUAAUUUGUAGCUUUCAGAGCAUUUUUAGAAUGUGCUGAAAUUCCAGUGGAAAUUGGAAACAUUUAAACAGUGAAACAUUCCACCUGAGCUGUGAGGAGAAGCGUGUGGAGGGCCAUUGUAAUCAAAUGUCGACUCCUAAAGAGGCUUCUGAUGUGUGACUUUGACGCUGGCUCCUAACGGAGGUGACCCUGUCAGUAACGUAUUUUGGUGCGUGUUGUUCUAGAAUAAUGGAAUGUGCACUAGAUCAACUUGGUUUUGAGUUGGAUGAAAUAAAAGUUGAGGUAUUAUAAGUAAGCUGAAUGUUUAUACGUUCUGGUAAAAACUAAAAAAAAAGAAAGGGGAAUAAAAUGAUAAAGGUCAAUAAUUUUUUUCAGUAGCUUCUAAAUGUUUUAAAAUACAAGUCUCUUGAACACUAGGCAGUUGGUUACUUUAAUGCUGAGAAACUUUAAAGUUCUCAGAUGUGAUAUUCUGCUGUUAGUCAGAAUUCACCAUCCACGUUAAUUUUACAUUGCUUGGAGAUUUUCUUAAAUGAUGCAUUUAAGUAAGUUGCACUCAGUAUUGCUUUAAGAUUCUGCUGUAGGACACGGUUAAAUGGACAAGUUAUAUAUAAGAUCUGCAACGCAAGGUCAGAUCCUGUGCAUUGAAGGUACAUUUGGCUAAUUUAUUUUACUGAAGAUACUAAUUGUAUUCACUCUGAUUGCACUGCUGUUUAAGAAAAACUAUUUUCCCACCCAAACCAGUCCGCCUUGAAGUUCCUUUAGCUCUUAUCAUAUACUAAUUGACAUUUUUAAGGGUUCAAUAUUUUAUUAAUUCUUUUUACAGUUAAACUGUAUCCAGGGGUGUCCAACUUCUUGGCGUCUCUGAGGUACACUGGAAGAAGAGUUGUCUUGGGCCACACAUUAAACACACAAACACUAAUGAAAACUGAUGAGCAAAAAAAAAAGGGUUUUAAGUAAAUUUACGAUUUUGUGUUGGGCUCCAUUCAUAGCCAUCCUGGGCCACCGUGUGCAGCCCACAAGCUGCAGGUUGGACACCCCUGCAGGGAGCGUAUACUACCUUACAGAAGAAUAAAAAUAGAUUCUGCAGGAAGGUAUGUGUGGAGGGUGCUAUGGUGUCCUGGGAGUCCGUACUGCAUAGUGCUUGAAGCAUGAUGCUCGAUUCUAAGACUAAUGAGAUGAUUAAAGAUUACCUAUAUCAGUUCUGUAGGUAAUUACCUACAGAUGACCUGUUUCAGUUCAAUAGAAAUAACUGUGAUUCACAUAUGUAAUUUUUAACUGUCUGGUAGCCACACUUUUUAAAAAGGUGAAACUAACUUUAAUAAUAAUAAUAUAUUUUAUUUAACCCAGUGUAUUAAAUAUUAUCCUUUCAGUAUGUGAUCAAUAUACAAAAUUAUUGACAGAGCUUACCUUCUUUUCCUUCAAAAUUCAGUGUGUGUUUUGCACUCAGUGCAUCUCAGUUCCGACUACACUUCAAGGCUCAAAGGGCCACAUGUGGCUAAGAGCUACUGUAUCGGACAGUGCAGACUCAUAGGGUACCAAGUAUGACUUUCUUUUAAAUUGGGAGAUGGUCGAUGAGGUAAGCAUGAAAUUAUGGUACUUUAAAAAUUAUUUAGUGUACUCAGAAAAGUAUCUGAUAGAACUAUCCACUCGUUUCCCUUCGUCUUCAUUUUAAAUUUGUCUAGAAGUAGGUUUAACCCAUUUCAAUUUGCCAAGCAUUAUUAUAUAAGGAGGAAGAAAUUCCAUGCCAUGUAAAAUACCAUUAUAUGCUAAUUAUAACGAUACAUUAUCAACAACACAACAUUUUUUGUUCACUAAACUGUCCUGUUUCUUCAAAAUAAUAGCUUAAAUUGCAUGUUAAUUGUAUAUCUGUACCAAUUUUGUUUUUAUAUUAUUCUUACAGUACAAUCAUGUGCAUUAACAAACAGCCCUGGGAGUCUCACCUUCCCAUGCGGCUGUCUUCCAGUACUUACUGGUGUGCUUGUUAAGUUGUGAUGAGUGGCAGAAAAAUAGAAUGAACCGUUCUUUUUUCCAUUAGAUUUAUUUUUAUUAUGUGACCAUGCACCAAGCCAGCUAUAAGUAAUUGUAUUUCUGUAGAAUAUGGAAAAUAGUGUUCCUGUCUUAUCUUUGCUAAAUGUUUGCAAUUUCUAAGUAAACUUCUCAUCUC